AUGAUGAACCAAACAGCAGCACCACCACCACCUUCACAACAACAACAAACAAUGUAUAUGACAAAUCCUAAUGUAACAGAUACUAAUCCUUCUUCAAAUCCUACUUCAUCAAAUAUGACAAUGAAUCCUACUCAAUCAAAUUUAUUUAAUCAUCAAAUAAAUGCUUAUAAAUAUCUUGUUCGAAAUCAAACUGUACCUGAACAACAUCUAUCGGUUAUUAAACGAAGUCAACAACAAUUUUAUCCACCCAAUGCUGUUAUUUCUAAACAAAUAUCUAGUCCUAUAACGGAUCCUCGUUAUAGUUCACCAACUAUUAAACCUCCAAUAAAUGGUUCAACUCCACGUUAUUUAACACCACAAACUGGUUAUUCACCAGUUCAAGUUAAUGGUAAUACAAAUUAUCCAACAGGAAAUGUUCAAGCAUCAACAAAUAUAAUUAAUCAAACACCAUCAAUAACUGAGAAUGUUUUAACAAAUGUUUCAAGUUUACCUAUGACAAAUAAUCAAACAACAGCAUCAUCUCGUACAAAUAAUAAUCUUCGUUUAACACCAGUUCAAAAACCAACUGGUCUUGAUAUACAAGAAAUUAUUGUUGAACGUGAUCUCCGUAUACAACAUAAUAUUGUUGUUCGUAUAAGUGAAUUAGAAAAUUUUCUACCAACAUUAAUACAUGAUGAUCUACGAAUGAGAGCUAUGAUUGAACUUAAAGCACUCAAAUUAUUAAAUUUUCAAAGACAACUUCGUACUGAAGUUGUAACAUGUAUGCGUUUGGAUUCAAGUCUUGAAACAGGUAGUAAUCCUCGUUUAUAUAAACGUUCAAAACAAUUUGGUAUGCGUGAAGCACGUGCAACCGAAAAAUUAGAAAAACAACAAAAAGCUGAAAUUGAUCGUAAACGUCGUCAAAAACAUCAAGAAUAUUUAACAGCUGUAUUAACAGUUGCACGUGAAUUUAAAGAAUAUCAUAAAUCAGUUCAAUUACGAACAAAUAAAUUAGCAAAAUCAAUCUUAUCAUGGCAUCAAAAUAGUGAACGUGAACAAAAGAAAGAACAAGAAAAACGUGAACGUGAACGUAUGCGUCGUUUAAUGAAUGAAGAUGAAGAUGGUUAUAGAAAAUUAAUUGAUGAAAAAAAAGAUAAACGUUUAGCUUAUUUAUUAUCACAAACAGAUGCAUAUAUAAUAAGUUUAGUUAAUCUUGUUAAAGAACAUCAAAAUGAUUUAAAAAAGAAGAAAAUGGAAAAGAAACCGAAUUUUAAUGAUGAUAGUGUUCAAUCAAAUGAUGAAUUAAAUUAUUUACAUGUUAAAGUUAAAAAUUUAACAACAGGUGAAGUUAAAGAAGGACAAGACGCACCAUUAGAAUCUGAACUUGAUACAUGGUUAGAAAAAAAUCCGGGAUGGCAACCAUUACCAAGAGAUGCGAGUGAUGAUGAAGAUGAUGAGACAUCACGUUUACCAGAACCAGCUCUAUCAAUACCAGCACCAACAGCUGAUGAACAAGAAAAAGGUAUUGUUGAAGAUGAAACAAUUGUUAAAGAAGUUUUAACAAAAGCGAAACAAGCAACUGAAGAUGAUGAAUAUCAUGCAACAUCACUUGAUUCGUAUUAUGCUGUUGCACAUCGUGUUCGAGAACGUGUUACAAAACAAUCCGAACUUCUUGUUGGUGGAAGUCUUAAACCUUAUCAAAUACAAGGCCUUGAAUGGCUUGUUUCAUUAUAUAAUAAUCAUUUAAAUGGGAUUCUUGCUGAUGAAAUGGGUCUCGGAAAGACAAUUCAAACCAUUGCUCUAAUCACAUAUUUAAUGGAAGUUAAAAAAGUCAAUGGACCAUAUUUAAUUAUUGUGCCAUUAUCUACAUUGGCUAAUUGGGUUAAUGAAUUUAAUAAAUGGUCACCAGGUGUUUCAAAAAUUAUCUUUAAAGGUAAUCCACAAAUACGUAAAACACUUGGUCAAACAUUACGUACUGGUAAAUUCAAUGUUUUAUUAACUACCUAUGAAUAUGUUAUCAAAGAUAAAGCCUUAUUAGCAAAAAUAAAAUGGCGUUAUAUGAUAAUCGAUGAGGGUCAUCGAAUGAAAAAUCAUCAUUGUAAAUUAACCCAAGUACUAAAUACAUAUUAUAUAGCUCCACAUCGUUUAUUAUUAACUGGUACACCAUUACAAAAUAAAUUACCUGAAUUAUGGGCUUUAUUAAAUUUUCUUUUACCAUCUAUAUUUAAAUCAUGUACAACAUUUGAACAAUGGUUUAAUGCACCAUUCGCAACAACAUUGGAAAAAGUUGAACUUAAUAACGAAGAAACAUUACUUAUUAUAAGACGUUUACAUAAAGUUUUACGACCAUUUCUUCUACGUCGACUUAAAAAAGAAGUCGAAUCACAAUUACCAGAUAAGAUUGAAUAUGUUAUUAAAUGUGAUAUGUCUGCCUUACAAAGAGUUAUGUAUACUCAUAUGCAAUCAUGUGGAAUUGUUUUAACAGAAGAUAGAAAUGGUAAAGGAAGUAAUCCUAAAGCUUUAAUGAAUACAAUUAUGCAAUUACGUAAAAUAUGUAAUCAUCCAUUUAUGUUCAAUGAAUUAGAAGAAAGAUUAAGUAAAUAUUUUAAUUAUACAAAUGGUGUUUGUAUGGGAGCUGAUCUUUAUCGUGCAUCAGGUAAAUUCGAAUUACUUGAUCGUAUAUUACCAAAAUUAAAAGUAUCAAAUCAUCGUGUAUUACUUUUCUGUCAAAUGACAUCAUUAAUGACUAUAAUGGAAGAUUAUUUUGCUUAUAAAAAUUAUACGUAUUUACGUCUUGAUGGCCAAACAAAAUCUGAAGAACGUGGUGAUUUAUUAGCAAAAUUUAGUGAAGCUAAUUCGGAUAUAUUCAUUUUCUUAUUAUCAACACGUGCUGGUGGUCUUGGUUUGAAUUUACAAACAGCCGAUACUGUUAUUAUAUUCGAUUCUGAUUGGAAUCCACAUCAAGAUUUACAAGCACAAGAUCGUGCACAUCGUAUUGGUCAAGUAAAUGAAGUUCGUGUACUUCGUUUAAUGACAGUAAAUAGUGUUGAAGAAAAAAUCUUAGCUGCAGCUCGUUAUAAAUUAAAUGUUGAUAAACAAGUUAUUCAAGCUGGCAUGUUUAAUAAUAAAUCGACUGGAAACGAACGAAAACAAUUUUUACAACAAAUUCUUUUAAAAGAAAAUGAAGAAGAAGAAGAAGAAGAUGAACUUCCAGAUGAUGAAGUUAUUAAUCAAAUGAUUGCACGUAGUGAAGAUGAAUAUAAUCUAUUUAAUAGAAUGGAUAGAGAACGAACAUAUGCAGAAGCUAGAGUAGCUAAUAGAAAACCACGACUUUUUGAAUUAUCAGAAUUACCAACAUGGCUAACAAAAGAUCCAAGAGAAUUAGAAAAGGCAUUACUUGAUCAAGAAGCAUUGGAUUUAUUGGGACGUGGUGGUAGACAAAGAAAAGAAGUAGAUUAUACAGAUGCCUUAACUGAAAAAGAAUGGUUAAAGGCUGUUGAAGAUGGAACAUUAAGUGCAACUGAACAAGAUAAAAGAAGUCGUCGUAAACGACGUGCUCUUAAUCCUGAUAUGGAUGAUGAUGAUGAAGGUCAAUUUGAUGAUAAUAAUGCUCGACAAGGAGAUAAUGAUAUUGAUGGAAGUGAUUCAAGAUCCGGUAAACGAACUGUAAAACGUAAAUUUAAAGAAACAAAUAAACAUUAUUCAAAUGAACCAGUACCUUCGAAAUUAUUUAAACAAAUGCAAACUCUAUACGAUUUUGUUAUUAAAUAUCGAGACAAUGAUGAUAAUCGAAUUUUAAGUAAACCAUUUAUGCGGUUACCAACACCAAAAGAAUUACCGGAAUAUUAUGAAAUGAUUAAAAAUCCUGUUGAUUUCAAUAAAAUCAAAAAAAAACUUACUGAAUAUCGUUAUCGACAUUUAGAUGAACUUGAAUCUGAUGUUAUGUUACUAUGUAAAAAUGCUCAAGAAUUUAAUAUGGAAAAUUCAAAUAUCUAUGAAGAUUCAAUUAUUCUUCAAUCAGUAUUUACAAAUGCACGUGAACGUCUUGAAAAAGGUGAUAUUCAAGUUAGUUCAAAUUCAGAAGAUGAAUCAGAUGAUGAUGAACCACUUAAAAAACGAGUUAAGAAAGAUGGUAGUACAAAAAAGAAAUCAUCUCACACUCAAUCACGUACACCUGGUAGUGUAAGUAGUAAUUCAAACAGUCGACGAAAAACUCAUGUUAUGAGUGAUGAUGAAGAUAUAACAAUGGACGAAACAAAUAAAUCAUCAUAUGGUGGUAUGGAUGGUGAUGAUGCUGAUGAUGAUGAUGAAGGAACUCGUGGUUCUAGUUCACAUCAAAAAUAA